AUGGAGGAGAUAUGGGUCAAGAAAGCCUAUAGUGACAAUGGCAGUCCCUCGGGGUCAAGGUUGAUUCGCGUCCACGCAACUCCUGUGGGUUCUGAAGUGUCUGAAGAGUCCUUUGUGGGAUCCGCAGACUCAGCCACAGGGGACGAUCAUGCAGGGAUAGAUGAAGAAGGUUAUUCCAGUUGGAUGGAUUAUUACUACAAUGAUAAUGGUCCCUGCCUUUCAAACCCUUGUCGGAACCAUGGAGUCUGUGAAACCACUGCAACAGGCUACAACUGUCGAUGUCCUCGUCCCUUCCAUGGGAAAAGAUGCCAGAGAGUAAACGAUCCUUGCAAGAAAAACCCAUGCAAAAAUGGUGAAUGCAUUAUCCAGUACAACCCACCAUAUUACAAAUGUAAAUGCAAGCACCCGUACAUACUCCCAGGAUGCAGAAAAGCAACUGCACCAUGUAACCCUAAUCCUUGUAAAAAUGGAGCUACAUGCAAAGCUGGGAAGAAAAAAUCUUUCACUUGUCACUGUGUCGGAUCAUUCAGAGGAGAGCUAUGUGAAAUCGCACCAAAUGAAUGUUACCAGGGUAAUGGCGUGUCAUACAGAGGUCGUGUAAAGCAAACUGAACAGGGGAGGAGGUGUCUGUACUGGAGCUCUAACCUGCUACUCAAAGAAGCCAUUGGUACUCACAUGCAAAAUCCCAGCAAAUAUGGCAUUGGUGAUCACAAUUAUUGCAGAAAUCCCGAUGGUGAUGAAAAACCUUGGUGCUAUUUUAAGGACAAGCAUGACAAACUAAAUUGGGCUCAUUGUGACAUAUCUCAAUGCACCGCAGCAUCUGGAACACAAUCCAAUCGACAAACUACAACCAGGCCUGCACCCCGAUCUACUGCUCCUACUGCUGUCGUUUCAUCCUUCCAAUGUGGGAUCCCAGAGGUUGGGAAUGUCACCUUCAGAAUCUUUGGAGGGAAAAGAACAGUUCCUGGAAAAUAUCCAUGGCAGGUAUCUCUGCAGCUGAAGAACCGCGUUGGGCUCUAUAAACCAGGACAUCUAUGUGGUGGAGCCUUAAUCAAACCAUGUUGGGUUCUCACUGCUGCACACUGCAUCAUUCCACAAGCACAGCCAAGAGAUUUCCGCUUACAACUUGGCAAACAAGAUCUUCAAAAAGAUGAAACACAUCAACAGACCUUUGAUGUUGAAAAUAUUAUUGUCCAUGAUAACUAUCAGGAAACUUCUGUGGGAUUAUAUAACGAUAUUGCUUUGCUGAAGAUUAAACCUGUCAGUGGUCACUGUGCCAAAGAAACUAAAUACGUCAAAACUGUCUGUUUGCCAGAGAGUGAUUUUCCGGCAGGUACUGAGUGUUACAUUUCAGGAUGGGGACAGACAGAAACAGAGGCAUCAUCCAAUCAGUUAUUGCACACCAAGGUGCGAGUGAUAGGCGAUCAGCGCUGUAAAGACCCGGAGUCGUAUGGAACUGCCAUCAAUCACACUAUGUUUUGUGCAGGAAGUCUGGAUGGAAGUGUGGACUCAUGUCAGGGUGACUCUGGAGGACCACUGACCUGUAUGAAGAAUGGGCGCUACCAGGUCUAUGGAAUAGUGAGCUGGGGCGAUCGGUGUGGAGUGAAGUACAAACCUGGUGUUUACGUUCGUGUCACCACAUUCCUUAAAUGGAUUAAAGCACGAGCUACCUAA